AUGACGACUGAGGGCGACAAGUACGAGGUCCUCGAGAAGAUCGGUAUGUCGAGUCACAUAUCUUCAUCAUUGUCUUUCGCGUCGCAAACACUGACACAUGCGCUCUCUCUGUUCUCCAUAGGCCAUGGAUCUUUUGGCGUCAUCCGCAAGGUCCGUCGAAAGGCGGACAACUUCGUCAUGUGCCGCAAGGAGAUCAGCUACCUGAAGAUGUCCGCCAAGGAGCGUGAACAGCUGCACGCCGAGUUCCAGAUCCUCUCGCAUUUACGGCACGAGAACAUCGUCGGCUACUUCCACCGAGAGCACCUCAAGUCCAGCCAGGACCUUCACCUGUACAUGGAAUACUGCGGCAACGGCGACCUCGGUCGCAUCAUCAAAAACUUAACGGUCAAGGGCGAGCGCGCCAAGGAAUCCUUUGUCUGGAGCAUCUUCUCGCAACUCGUCACCGCCUUGUAUCGCUGCCACUACGGUACCAACCCCCCCGAGGCCGGCAACAACGCCAUGGGCCUCUUUAGCAACGUGGUCCGGCCAAAGGUUCCUGCUGGCACCAUGACUAUCCUCCAUCGCGAUCUCAAGCCUGAGAAUGUCUUUCUCGGUGAAGACAACUCCGUCAAGCUUGGUGACUUUGGCCUCGCCAAGAUGAUCCAGUCUCACGACUUCGCAUCAACCUACGUCGGUACGCCAUUCUACAUGUCGCCAGAAAUCUGUGCUGCCGAAAAGUACACGCUCAAGUCGGACAUCUGGUCGCUCGGCUGCAUUAUGUACGAGCUGUGCGCCAGGGAGCCGCCGUUCAACGCAAAGACGCACUUCCAGCUCGUACAGAAGAUCAAGGAGGGCAAGGUCAACCCGCUGCCGGACAUUUACUCGCCAGAGCUCAUGGGCACCAUCAAAGACUGUCUGCGCGCAAAGGAGGAAGCCCUUGCCCAAAGAGAGAAGGAGCUGCAGUCGAAGAUGGAGAGGUUCGAGGCCGAGAAGGACUACACGCGCCAAGAAAUCGACAACACUCUGCGGAGGGAAUGGGAAGUCAAGGCGCGUCUCGAGAUUGACCGCCUCGUGCAGCUCGAGAUGGAGAGACUGAACAAGAGAUUCGAGGAUGAAGUGCACUCGCGUGUCCAGGAGGAGCUCCGCAAGAAGGCGCCCACCUUUAACCUGCAAGCACCAAUGCUGCACGAGACAAGCAUGUCCUCGUCUGUAUCUGUUGACAGGACUGACUACGAGAGGUCGUCGGUGGGCGCUGGCGAUGGUGAAGGAGACGGGGAGUUCCCUUCGACGACAGAUCUCACCGACCUUUCCUACGACAGCCCGGAAGCCCCCAACGACGGGCCGAAGAAGACGGCGCGCACUCCCUUUGGCCGCGCCCAAACCAUGUUUGCAGGCCACGCCGGGACACCCAUGGAUAUCGAGAUGGUGUCGCCCUCGCCGAUGGCCAUCGCAUCGCUGUCCCUGUCACCGAGACGCAACGAGGCAACCAAGGCCCCAUCCACAAAUCCCGGCAACAUCUUUAGCGCCAACGCGACAGCCACGGCCAAUGCUGUUUGGAAUGUGCCCCGCGAGUCUACGCUCAUGGAAUCGGAUGAUGAGGACAUCAUCCCAUCCCCGACACGCAACAUCAGAUCGAGACAGAACCCUUUCACCUCGAAGACACGUCCCGUCUUGACGUCGCAAAAGACGGCUCCGGCAAACAACAACGCUGGUGCCGAGACCUCCUCGGGCAACCUGUCUCGCAAGCCCUCCGUCACCAAGAAGGAUCAGGAGCCCCUUGGUAAGGUUGCGGUGAAGAACAACAUCAGGGGGCGCACCCUAGUGGAGCUCCAGCAGGCUCGCGCCGGCGGACGCCCCCUCUCUGCGGUCAUCGCUGCUGGCGGCGAGAACGCGAACCUCAACGUGAGCCCAAAGCGCAACUUCAAGGAGAGGGUUGCGGAGCGUCGCCCCAGUGGCGGUGAGCCGGCGGCUGUGUGGGAUCCCGAGCGAGACGAGAUGCCCAGCCCCUUCCUCGUACGCAGGAAGCCAAUGACCCGCGUCUGA